GUAUACAAAGAGGACAGCAAUCAGCUCAAACAUCAUUUGCCGAAUACACCACCCUCUCCUCACCUCUCUCACUCCUCAUCGAGAAGGUAAAAAAAAAAAAAGGACAACUCAGAUAGCUAUCUACCUACCGACAUACAGCUGCUAUAGCUAGCAACAGGACUCGAAACCCAACUUGAUACCCGCCAUCUGCCUACAGCCACAAUCUCUUGAUAAGGAGUCAUAGCGUUGUUCCCGACCAACCGGAUCCCGUCUCCCCAAGC